AAGGUGACGUGCGCUGCUGCCAGUGAGGGUGUGUGUGCUGGGGAGGCAGCUCCUCCUCACUCACAGGCAGCCCAGAGAGGGAGCUGAGGAGCUCGGCAUGUGUCAGACAGAGUGCUCCAUGCAGGGAGGAGGACACACGCAGACCUGCUGCCGCUGCCUAUGACAGGGAAGGAAGUCAGGGCUACUGUACCUCACCUGCUGACAGUGUUUUGGGGAAUCGGAGACUGGGAGGGAGAGUAAAUCUGGCCCUACAGUAUCUCUCCCCUGCCCUGUCCGCCCGAAGUAAUAGUAACUUCGUAUUACUCUGAUGCAUCACAUAGCCAUGGAAUUAAUGCUAAGGUUAAUGAUUGCCUGCUCCCUGUACCUGACUGCUGCUGGGGACUAUGACGGAAGGUGGCCCACACAGAUUGCUUCAUCAACAGGUCUCUGUCGGUAUGGUAACAGAAUUGAUUGCUGCUGGGGGUGGGCUCGACAAUCUUGGGGACAAUGUCAACCUUUCUACUACGUCUUAAGGCAGAGAAUAGCCAGCGUAAGGUGCCGUACACAAGCCAUUUGCCAGCCAGCGUGUAAACAUGGAGAUUGUGUUGGACCCAACAAGUGCAAAUGUCACCCAGGAUAUACUGGAAAAACCUGCAAUCAAGAUGAGAGCCUGUUGACCAUACAGCCUGGCUGGUACCAUGAAGUUCCUCUUUACCAUUCUGUGGAUGUUCCAGCAACAGUGUAUCCUCCAGGCGAUCUGAAUGAAUGUGGACUGAAGCCUCGACCAUGCAAAUACCGCUGCAUGAAUACGUAUGGAAGCUACAAGUGCUACUGUCUGAAUGGAUACAUGCUGAUGGCCGACGGAUCAUGUUCAAAUGCACAUACUUGCUCCAUGGCAAACUGCCAAUACGGAUGUGAUGUACUGAAAGGAGAGGUCCGGUGUCGUUGUCCUUCUCCUGGUCUGCAGUUAGGACCAGAUGGGAGAACUUGUUUGGAUGUGGAUGAGUGUGCAACAGGAAAAGCUGUGUGUCCUAGGUUUAGAAAAUGUGUCAACACUUUUGGAAGCUAUAUUUGCAAGUGCCAUCCUGGAUAUGACUUAAUACAUGCUCAUGGCAAAUACCAGUGUUUUGAUAUUGAUGAAUGCUACACUGGCCAGUAUCAGUGCAGUAACUAUGCAAGAUGCUACAACACACCAGGAUCUUACAAGUGUAAAUGCAAUGAGGGAUACCGAGGAAAUGGAGCUGACUGCUCACUGAUCCCCAGAGUUAUGAUUGAUCCUUCAGGUCCACAUAAUUUUCUACCAGGUAAAGAUAGUAUGAGAAACACAUUAAAGGGGAAUGGCAGCUCACUGAGUGGUAGUGAAGGAAGCAGCAACAGAAUCCCAGACUUUGGUGGCAGACACCCUAAGUGGCCUCCUUCACCCUCUAUUACAGAAAAGCCUAAUCCAAGGACAACACCCAAGACUACAACACGGCCAGCACCCAUUCCCAUAACUAGGCUGCCACCAAAGCCUGCGACCAGGCCACCACAGCCAGCGACCAGGCCACCACAGCCAGCGACCUGGGCACCAAAGCCGGCGACUAGGCCUCCACAGCUGACGACCAGACCUCCACAGCCAGCGACCAGGCCUCCACAGCCGGCGACCAGGCCUCCACAGCCGGCGACAAGGCCUCCCCAGCCAGUGACAAGGCCUCCCCAGCCAGCGACCAGGCCACCCCAGCCGCCUACGAGACCACCCCAGCCAGCGACAAGGCCACCUCAGCCAGCAACCAGGCCACCCCAGCCAGUGACAAAGCCACCACCAACCACUACUCCCCCACAGCUCUCCACUAGACUGCCAGAUGAUAACAGGAUUGAGGACCAAGGGAAACAGCGGGGAGAUGUGUUCAUUCCACGGCAUGAAAACAACAUCAUCUUUCAGUUUGAUGUUGAGAAAGGGCUUAGUGCAGAUGAGGAUGAAGAAAAUGAUGAUCCAGGAGUCUUGGUUCACAGCUGUAACUUUGACAGUGGUCUGUGUGGCUGGAUUAGAGAUAAAGAAAAUGAUUUACACUGGGAACUGGUCAAAGAUGCUUUAGGAGGACAGUACCUAACUGUCAUGGAGCCCAAAGGACGCUCUGGAAAAGUAGCACGGUUAGUCCUCCCCCUUGGACACCUGUCGUACUCUGGAGACCUGUGCCUGUCAUUUAGACACUUGGUGUCUGGAGAAAACUCCGGGAAACUACAAGUCUUUGUAAGAAGAUCUGGUCAUCAUGGGCCUGCUCUGUGGGGAAGAAGAGGCAGUAUCGGCUGGGGAGAGACACAUAUAACCCUGCCCGCAUCUGGUGUCAAAAGUAUUAUCUUCAAAGCGGAACGAGGGAAAGACAGAACAGGACAAGUUGGCCUCGAUGAUGUCAGUGUGCAAAGAGGGCACUGUCCUAAAGCAUAAAACUCCGGACAUUUGCAGCUAGUGUUUGACGACCCACCAUGAGAGGGGGGCAGGGAAAUGAACACAAAUUACCAAAUCUGUUGUGAAAGGGAGAGACAAAAAAUUGACAGCCAAGGAGAACUGAAGGUCUUUGCAUUCUCCCCUUACAAAAAUGACAACAGGCACAAGAACGUUGUAGAAAAAAUCUUUUUCAGAGAUUAUAUCAAUGUGCUAAGCUUCCCAAUACUGUGUACACACUACCAAAGAACAUUUCCCGAGGAACUGAACUGAAGAGAGUUGGGAGAAACGUGUCUGGUCUGAUGUUAAUUCUUGAAAUACGUGUGCUUGAGCUUCUGAGAAUACUAGAACCACUAAUAUUAAUUGACUUUUACCGAGUUAAACUCCAAUGGUAAUGGAGCAAAAAGCUUUGUAAAUGCAUAUUGUAUACCUAAGUAUUUAUCAAUGGAAUUGAGCUACACAACUUGUAUAGGUAUAGCAUUUUAUUUAAUUACGUUGAACAAAUUAUAAGGUCAAGUAGACAGUCUACAAGUCAUCCAGGACAGAUAUUUGGUGCUUUUUAAAUAGGUUUUGUUGACCAUAUAAGAAAGGUCAAAGAUGUAUUUUAUGUCUAUAGUAAACUUAUUUUUGUUGGUCUCUCAGUCCUGACUACAUGCAGAUUAUUACUUACAUGCAAAUGCUUGAAAUGAUGUUGUCUGCCACAUCUAAAGAUAAUAAGAUCAUUUAUAUUCUGGAUGUUUUCUCCACAAGGAUUUGAACUGAAGCUUGCUUUUAGAACUCGCAUUUAUUUUUUCUCUGAAUAUACAUGUACUGCAGCUGCUUGUCCUAAUAUACUACAUAUACAGUAGCAGGCGUAAAGCAUGUCAGUGAUGGUAAAUGGGGUAUGCAGAUGGCACUUAGAACACAAUCAAGAACAUACAUUGUCCAUAGUAGAUGUUACAUAAGAUUAACUGAGCGUAAUAUCCAGUUACUGAUACUGGAACAGACAUGCAAUAGGCUUGUUUGUGUGCUGCCUUUGUCAGCUGGAUGGAAACAAAUGAUAGAAGUACAGUACAUGCAGAAGGCAGAACAAAUAGUAGGCACUACAUGGAGGAUUCAACCCAAAUGUGGAUUGAAGAAAGAAGACAAACUCUUGUCCUGUAGGUAGAUGACUCACAAUAUAUGGACAUUAUUACAUUGUAUUGUAAACUAGAUACAGUAGAUUUCAAAUGAAAUACUCCGUACCACAAUGAUUACAUUCUCCUGGGUGAAAUACGUUAGUAUUAUGCAAAUGUGAUUAGGACAAUGGAACACCAUAUUUAGAGAAAGAACAGUAACUUUGCGUUAUGGCCCAAACAUAAACGUUCUGCAUUUUACACAAGAAAAUAGUGAAUGAAUCACAUGUAGCAUUUGUAAUAUAUGAAACUGCUAAAUCUUUCCAGUCAUUGGAGCUUCUUUGAUAAAUAAAUAUGGAUUAUAGUGGGGUUUUUUAAAUUACUUUUCUCAUCAUAAUAAUGUUAAAAAUGAACAUGCUACAAAGUUAUGAUAAAUAAGAUCAUCAGGAAAAUGCAAAUACAUUUGUAGUAUAAUGAAAAGGAAUGUAGUCACUUGUAUAUUAGAAUCUUGGAAGGACUUAGCAUACUGGAACCAUUCCAUGUUGUAGCUAAGGCUACUUAUGUACUGUCCUAGUAACUAGUAGGCGCCAUCCGCAUAUUCUCUCACGCCUCACUCUUAAUUAUAAGUGCCAGAUUUCCAUCACGGUUGUAUCCGGAAUGUGUCAUGCUAGGAGUUUGUUUUGAGGACUUAAAAUAAAAACUUUUAUUGGGUUAUAAUGAGAUGAUACUAGUAAUAAAAAAAUAUUUGUAAGAUGAUAUAGAUAUUAAAAACAUAUUUUGUGUUCCUGCCUUAUAAAUGCAACAUCUAAAGGUGCAGCAAAAUUUACUAUUAUCUCUAGUAGUAAAUAAGUAAGAUACAGAUGAUGCGCAAUAUAAAUGUGAACUCAAAUGCCAAACACUGUAAUAUUUUAAUUGUAUAAAUAUAAAUGGAAGGUACAACAUCCAUUUACUUUCUAGCUCAUUAGUAUGGGGUUCAGUAUGACUUCCCAAUGGACGUGAUCCCAUCGGUCAUAAUCCCGACAGUGGCAUCCCAUCCAUCAGAAUCCCAACAGCCCCCUAUAAAGUAACCUAAUCCUCCCCUGCCCCCUACCCUAACCCUCUCCGGUGGUGCCUAAACCUAACCCUCCCCGGUGGUGCCUAACCCUAACCCUCCCCGGUGGUGCCUAACCCUCCCUUCCCUGCUUCCUAAACCUAACCCUCCCUGCUUGGUGCCUAACCCUAGCCUCCCCUUCUAUGUGCCCAAACCUAACCUUCCCUCCCCGGUCCCUAACCAUAACCUUUCCCGGCCCUGCACCCUAACCCUACCUAACCCUAACCACACUUCUCCUGCCUAAACCUAACCUCCCCACCCCGCGGCAGGACACCCGCUGGAUGGACAAUCUGGAUUCCGGCUGUUUAUAUUGUGACGCCAGUAUCCUGAUUGGCAUCGGUAUUUAGACGCCAGGAUUGCGGCGUCCUUUGAAAUCCCGGCGUUGGUAUAUCGACUGCCGGGAUCCCGUCUGUCGGGAAGCUAGCUGCAUCCACAUUAAUAGUAUAGAAUUGCAUAACACUAGUGCGAUAUAAACAAUGUGACCAUAGGAAUGAUUAUCCAUACUAAGAAAUUGUUCUACAUCAUUAAGUGUUUUCCUCCAAAAUGUAAAUACAGACUGCUACAAAUAUACACAGUGUAUAUACAUAUAACAUACAUCCCCCUGUUUCAUACAAGAAUGUAUGCCAGGAUUUACUAAGUAAUCAUCAGCCAAAUAAAAGCCAUACAGUCCAGGGCCCCUCCAGCAAUUUCUCCAUAGGGCCACAAAAUAAUAGUAAUCUCUAUAUUCCAAGUAAAACAUACUGUAUGGCUAACCUAUUCUAAUCUUAUAUUGUACUUGUAUUUUGUAUUUGUAUACUAUUUAUUGUUAACAUGUAUUGUGACUUCUGAACGUUGCUGCUGCCAUUUGUUAUCAGUGAUUACUGUUUUUUUGCUCUUGCAUAUUGUUUGUGUUCUUUUGUCAUCUGACAUUCCAGUUCACAGUUAUAGUAUGCACCAUUGGAAUUUAUCAUUAGUAAAUACAAACAUAAUAUUUGUAUAGUCCAAGUCUGUGUAUUUAAUAAAUGUCAUUGUUUUCACA